AUGUUGAAAAGCAGUUUUGAAACAUUAUUAAAACUUUCACAACAAUGUGCAAAAAAUUGUUUCAAGAAUAAAAAUGAAAUACUAAGCUCAAAAAAAAUUUAUUUUAGUGAUCUAGUUAAUAAAAGAUAUAAGAAAUUUAAUUUCAAAUAUUUAAGUUUUCCUUUUUUAAAAUAUAAUUUUAGCUUUACAUUUAAUAAAAACAUAAGCACAAAGAGAAGAAGGUAUUUUAAGAUAAGAAAACAUCAAAAAAAAAAAUAUAAAAAAAAAAGAAUGGGAUUAUCUACUAUUCCGUGGAUACCAACAAAAGAAAAAAUUAGAACAUAUAAAUUACCUCGUCAAAGUAAAUUAAUAAAUAAAAGAUUUAUGAGAGACAAAAAAGGGGGUCGUAGAUAUCGUUUAAAAAAGCAAAGAUGA